CUUUAUCCGCACCUCCGUAUCCACGCCUCGCACUUCAUAAGAUUCGGAGCCAACAGUGCUGGAGUUGGUCUGAGCAUCCCUAUUUGUAGGACGCUCCCCCUCUAGUCAUCUCCUCAAACAAAAACCCUAGCCGCCGCGCCGCCCCGCUCCCUAGUGGUCCUCCCUCCCCCACCACUGCAGCUCCGUCCCGGCGGCCCCAAGAGUUGCGGCGAGGAUGAACGUGAAGGGCGGCAGCCGGAUUCCGGUACCCCCUCCGGGGGCCAGCGCGCUGGUCAAGGUGGCCGUGUUCGGCGGCGCCGCCGUGUACGCUGCCGUGAACAGCCUCUACAACGUCGAGGGUGGGCACCGCGCCAUCGUCUUCAACCGCAUCCAGGGGAUCAAGGACAAGGUAUACCCCGAAGGGACUCACUUUAUGAUUCCAUGGUUUGAACGACCAAUCAUUUAUGAUGUCCGUGCUCGACCGAAUCUUGUUGAGAGUACUUCUGGGAGUCGGGAUCUUCAGAUGGUGAAAAUUGGUCUCCGUGUCCUUACAAGGCCUAUGCCAGAGAGGCUACCACAUAUCUACAGAACUCUGGGAGAGAACUUCAAUGAGAGAGUUUUGCCUUCAAUCAUCCAUGAAACACUGAAAGCUGUUGUUGCUCAAUAUAAUGCUAGUCAGCUGAUCACACAGAGAGAGACUGUGAGUAGGGAGAUUAGGAAGAUACUGACUGAGAGGGCUAGAUUCUUCAACAUUGCUCUUGAUGACGUCUCCAUCACAAGCCUGAGCUUUGGGAAGGAGUUUACUCAUGCCAUUGAAGCGAAGCAGGUUGCUGCACAGGAAGCUGAGCGUGCUAAGUUCAUUGUCGAGAAAGCUGAACAAGAUAAGAGAAGUGCAAUUAUCAGGGCUCAGGGAGAGGCUAAGAGUGCGGAGCUGAUUGGUCAAGCCAUAGCGAACAACCCUGCCUUCCUUGCCCUGAGGCAGAUUGAAGCUGCAAGGGAGAUCUCCCACACCAUUUCGGCCUCAGCCAACAAGGUGUUCCUGGACUCCAACGACCUGCUGCUCAACCUCCAGCAGCUGAAUGUAUCGAGCAAGCAGAAGAAAUGAUGUCACAACGUUAUCCCCUUUCUUCUGAGUUUGCAGUCAGUAGUGGAUGCCUUUGUACCAGACAUUGUGAGGAACGCUCGGUUUUGGAUGUAGUUUCGCCAAUCUUCCUGUUAUGUGGAACUUGCGAGUAUUUGCUCAAAGGCAAGCAAGCUGACAGGUUUUGUUUAAACGUAACUACAGGAUGAGAAAGUUUUCAAUAAGGAACAAAUUCUGUUAUGCCACCA